CUCAGUGUUUUCAAAGAUGGAUGGCCGGUGCACUGAUACCCUUUGAAACACGUUACUAUAACACAAAACUCACUAUUCAAAGCUUGGUGCAGUGAAUACAUUGGGAUUUAAGAACUUACUGGAACAGUAUCUUUUACAACAUGUUACGAUCAAGAAAUGCACGUCAUAUUCUAGUGGGUUUAGCGGCCGGUGGAAUGUGUUUUUUCAAUGGAAUACCGCUACUAUUCCCGCAGCAAACUGUAAAGCGAGUAUAUCAAAGCUACAAAGAUGGGGAAGAGAGACAAUUAUCGAUGAAAUCUGGACAUGAAUUUGAUCAAGUGUGCUAUGAUCUGAGCAUCAAGGACAGAGAAAAAUAUCACUUAUUUGCGUCUUACGGCACCAAUAUCUGUACAUCUGGGACAAGAUGGCUACCAAAUGGAUUGUAUAUUGGAAUCCCAGACGUAUUUAGCAUGCAACGACCAAGUGAAGUGGUUGCAAGUAACAUGCAAAUUGGCAGGGAAAGAAUUGAUUGGGAGUCGGAGUGUGGAAAAUCACUCGCAGAGUCGUUGAUUCUGAGCGAAAAUGCCAGAAAAUUUUACAUUGCUAGAGAACUAAUAGAAGCUAACAGUAUUCAAAAUCUUAUUCCUACUUUUGUUGCCCCAGUGUUUAUUGUUGCGUCGUACGUCGUUGGUGAAGCUAUGAAAUACUUAGUACAUUUCAUACCAGGACUCGCAACGGUAGGAUGCGCAUGUGUUGGACUUGUAUGUUAUUUCGGCAUUUCAGGAGUUGUACAAAACAGAACAAAGACACUAAGCGACAGAAAAGUUGCAAUGCUCGGCCCUGAAUAUAAGGAAGGUGGAUUAGAGUUCUACCAAAACCUUCUAACUCGAAAUAAAAACUUGAGGUCAAUUCUUGGCAAAAAAGGCAUUAAAAGGUACUCGUAUUAUGGAAAUGAACAUCUAAGUGUUUUCAAUUUUUCUCCAGUUUUAACAGAAAGACUGAAGACUAUCUCGCAAGUUAAAGUUAACCAGCAAAUACAAUCUGAAGACGUUUGA